AAAAAGGCAUAAUGGCCAACCAAGAUCAAAACUAUUUAGGACCACGGACUCAUCCUCCAAAUCUUCAAAAAUCUACAUCAUUUUCUGGUGCAAAAUUGCACUAUCAGUACACUGGAAAAGAACAAAAAACGAGCAGUUCCAAAGAUGAAUCCCGUGUACAUCAUUCUGAAAAUAGAAGUCCACAUUUGUCAAGGCAAUUAACAGUUGAUUAUGGUGGUGGCUCAACAGUGGAUCAACGAUCGCAGCUGGGAACUCAAGCUACUUUCUCACCUGGAAGUUCAAGAAAGACUAAUUUCAAUCCUUACGAUCCAGGUGUUCAUACGAAAAGUUACGAGGAAUCACAGAAACCGCCGCUUUACGUGGGUUACAAUAGUUACGCGAGUCAUUCCAAUGAACAACCGACAACUGUCAGUAGCUCUAGUGCACGACAAAGCUUUCAGGAUUCUGCCAGUAUGCAGAACCCAGCAGAAAGCACAAGAUCUAUUCACUACAGUCGGUAUUAUCCUGAAAAUUUAACUGCUCCAAAUGAUGCUUCAAAUGCAAGAAAUCAAAAAAACGAGACCGUGCAUCCUAGUACUGAUGGAAUAAGAAGUUUCCAACAAUCCCCGACAUCUUCUUACAAUGACUCUGCUCAACCGAACUACGAACUCUCAAGGACGACAUACUCUCCGGCUUCUCACCGACCUACACCCACUAAGGAUUACUCCGAUCAUCGCGAAAAGCCAUAUAACACGGCUACAUCUCAUCAAUCAAGUGAAAGAUUAAACUCCGAAUCUAGAAGUUCCAGAAGUUCUCAACUGACACACAAUCCUUCUUUCGAUUAUUCAAGUAGUAAUCACAAUACCAAAUUAGAACAACCCAAUUCUCAUUCUCCACACUUUAGCUCACGCGCUUUCAACGCGGUUCGCUCCCCUGUAGUCUCUAUGGAUUUGCAUCAUCGUCCAAAAGACGACGUCACCUUGGCAACUUCGACUGCUUCACCACUCUCUUUCUCUGGGCACAGAGCACCACCUGCCGAAGUGCGUGAAACUCUACCCAUGUCUUCUCAAGUAAGCACAUUUUUAAGAGGUAACGAGAGUUCUCGGCAUUCAUAUUCAAACCCGUCCACAAAAGUAACUACGACUCCGCCAAUACAACAAUCACAUUUGGGUACAAACUAUCUCACAACUGUGCAAUCAUCGAACUUAGACAGAAGUCCUUCACCGUCACGAUCGAGAUAUAUGAACAGUCGAGAUCGUCGUAAAACAACAACAAUCAUCCCAUCUUCAAUUCCACAGUCCAGUGAGUAUAAAUCAGCUUUCCAAAGGGAAGCCCCAGCAGUGUACUAUACAGAACCUCAAUCAACAUACAAGCCUCUGCCCAUGAGCUCUCAGACGCAAAAUAGGAAUCUCACAAUAGGAUACACUCCAAAUCAGUUUCAAGAAAUUGAAAGAGCUCAGAGGGAAUUCAAGAAUCAGAAGAAACAGGAGGAAGAAAUUCGGGCUAAACUUGAAGCCAAAAAGAAAGCAGAACAAGAGAAAGAGAGGGCAAAACGAGAAGAGCAACGAAGAAUUGAAGAAGCUGCUAAACUGGAAUAUCGGAGAAGAAUUGAAGAAUCGCAGCGGCUGGAAGCAGAAAGGCUCGCAUUGGAAGCAACAAUGGUUGAUGAAGAUGAAGACGUGGCAAAGUUUAUCCGCAAUCUUGAAGAAAGAAUCAAAGACUCACGCGAUUCAAAAAACUUGAAUGGCGCUCUCGUAGGGCGCCAAAUCAACCAGAGCCUUGCAAAAAAUGCGGAAAAUCUCACAAGUGCGCAGACUGAUGAAGACAACGGACAAGUUGAAGGACACGACGGCGCUAAUGAUCAGGAGUCUAUACAAAACGUUGCCGACAGCUCGGAAGAGUACACGUUUCUUCAACGAAUUAAAAAUAUGAAAACCGAUCAGAACGCCAAUCGCAAAAAGUAUGCCGAGCAUUAUUAUGAUUUUGAUGAUUAUGAUGACUCGGAACUUCAUUCGACGACAAGCAUGAAUUCUCUUCUCUCUACUGUCACUGAAGAAGAUCCUGAUUCCACUUCACUCAAUAAUCAUUCGACUUCAACUAAUCCUAAAUUAUCUACUCUUCAGCCAAGUGUCAUCUCUUUCAUCCACGAUCUGGUGGACGGCAUCUUAUCAUCUUUAGAUAAAACCGAUAUUUCAAGACCUACUGAUACUCAACAUCUUAUUAAGCAGCACGAUGAAGAAUUCUACAAUAACUAUCAAACCAUGACUACUGAUACAGUCCGCCAGUUUUUCACCCCGCAGUAUUCUCAGGAAGAAGCAACUACAAGCACUUUUUAUAAUGACUCUUUAUAAUUGAAAUUGAUGAAUAAACGAGACAAUUUU